UUGUGAAACUAUAUUAGAAUAUCCAGAAUCAUUUAAAGAAUUAUCAGAAAAAGUAUAUAAAACCUGCAAUAAUUGUAGAUUGAAAAGAAAAGAACGAAAAACAUAUCCUAAAAGAAACCCUGAAGAAAAACUAAGAAGAAUUCAAAAUUUACCAAAAAAGCAACGUUGUUCAAGGUGCAAAAGAAUACAAAAACAAGAAGAAUUUGGAUACACUUCUAUAGGGAAGGCAUUCAAAACUUGUAAAAGUUGCAGACAAUAA